AUGAUUGCGUUACAAAACCAAGCUAUUCUGCCUUCCGCCAAAGUGGAUAUCUCACUGCUGCUGAAGCCCCAAGAUGAGGAGGCCGCCACCCCCGUGACCUCUACAUCCAACUUCCCUCCAAAUCCAAUCCCGCAAGCUCCAAUGAUCCCGGCAAUUCCCAUCACGGCCCCGACGUCCAUUCCCUCUGUGACGCCUCUAACAGCCAAACCCCCGGUGUCCGUCCCGGCGAAGCGUCUGCAACCAGCCCAUACGGCAGAAUCCCCCGCCAAAAAACAGUCAAAAUGGUCGCCCGAAGAGGAUGCACUGAUCAUCGAGUUGCGGGGAAGUGGUAUGAAGUGGGAGGAUAUCAGCAAGCGGCUGCCCGGUCGAAGUGCGAUCAGCUGCCGUCUUCACUAUCAGAAUUAUUUGGAGCGUAGGAGUGAGUGGGAUGAGGAUAAGAAGAAUAAACUCGCACGGUUAUAUGAAAGAUUCAAGGCGGAGAUGUGGUCCAAAGUAGCGGAGGAAAUGGCGAUUCCCUGGCGAGCUGCAGAAGCUAUGCAUUGGCAACUGGGAGAGCAAGAAAUGGCGCGUCGAGCCGGAGUAGUUCCAUUUUCGUUGUCGAGUACAGCAGUCGAUCCUCCCGCCCCGAGAGCUCGCAGAGCUAGCACGUCCCUAUCUCGACCACGAAAGGGAUCAGCAUCGCGUCCAAUCGCCCCUCCACAACUCCCAUCCGUCGAGGAAUUAACCGCCGGCGUCCCAGCUUUUGCACCGCCGCCACCUUUUCCUGCUCCCCGAGAGGCUUAUCGGAUAGGACAUCCUUUGGACUUGAGCAGCGGUCAUAGCAGCCACCUAGGACCAAACCUGGGUCUUCCCCCUCGAACCCUUCCUUAG